AUGAAACCAUCUAAACUGCAAGCUAAUUUGAGAAGAUGCCACCCUGAUAAAACAGAGAAAGAUUUGAAAUACUUUCAAACACUCAAAGAUAAAUUUCAGAACAGACCUACACUGGACAGAAUGUUCGCUUCGACAUCACAAAGAAAUGAUGAUGCAAAAUCCGGAAAACCGCAUACUAUCGGAGAGAAGUUAAUUUUGACAGCCGUUGAAGAGGUUUUAAAAACUGUUUUACACAAACCUGCAUCUGAUAUCAUUAAAAGAAUUCCCUUAAGCAACAAUACUGUUGAAAGACGUAUUGAUGAAAUAAGUUCUGAUAUUGAAAGCUUCUUAUGUAAUUAUUUGCAAACGACCCAAUUCUCUAUACAACUGGACGAGUCAACUUUACCUGAUAAUGCAGCAUUAUUAUUGGCAUAUGUUCGUUUUAUUAUGAAUCAAGAAAUCUACGAAGAAUUGCUCUUCGCAAGAACUUUGAUAACCGACACUAAAGCGUUUCUUGCCAGAGUUAAAAUAAUGAAGCAAAAUAUUGGACGGGGCGAAUUUUCUCAGUUCCCCAAUUUGUCACAGACAAGCUGCCAGGAAGACGACGUUUCAACUUACGUUCAACAUUUAAAUGCCCUCUAUUCAGAUUUUGAAUCUGGGUUUGAGGAUAUUUUGACUACGGUAAUACCACCGUGGAUAAUUAAUCCAUAUGGUGACAUAGAAGAAACGAAUGUCAUAAUACAAGAGGAACUGACUGAACUAAGUACAAACGAAGAACUUAAGGUUCAGUUUAAAAACGGAUAUCAGCAAUUUUGGCUCCAAAACAACAAACCCGUUACUUAUCCCAUACGUACUUGGAAAAUCUGUAGAUGUCAACCUCCUAACAUUCUUCCUCCUAGAAGAUACCAACGACAGCCUGAGCGACGUCCUUUGAAAACGUCCAGUCCUCAUAUCAACAUUCAGACCUCCAGAUGUCUUAGAACUGUUUCCGCAACUCUCACUCAAUACCCUGCACUCUUGAGGAACCAAUUGCAUCAGUUCCUGGUUCCCCUUCAGCGGUACCUGCAGUACCUGGGCCGCUUUCGGAGGUACUGA